AUUUACUUGAAUAUUCACUUCUCGAAUGUUAGCUUAUAUUCUACAUAGUGGCAAUGGAAAAUUACCCUUUGUUUUUUGUGUUGUUUUUAACUGCAAUAACAGGUGGGUCGAUGGACGUUAUUCCUCCAGGAGAAUGUAGAAAAUGUUCAGAUGGUUCUGGCUGUGCUUAUAGAUAUGAGUUCUGUAAUGAAUGGAAAACUUGUGCCAAUGGCGAAGAUGAAAACGAGGAUAUAUGUAGAGAUCUGGAAUGCGCAAAAGGAAAAAUGAAAUGUAAAGACGGGAUACAUUGUUUUCCUGAAUAUUCUUUAUGUGAUUACUUCGCCUACUGUAAAGAUGGUUCAGAUGACGAUCCUGAAAUUUGCAAAAAACGAUUGUGUCCAACUAAUACAACGAAGUGUAAUGAUGGCAUUGUGUGUUAUUCGCAAAAAGAUUGCUGUAAUGGUGAAGAAUUUUGUAAAACUGGUGAUGAUGAAGAUAUAGAAAUGUGCAAAGAUUUUCAGUGCCCACCAGAUCAUGUAAAAUGUGCUGAUGGUUUACAGUGUAUUAGCACUUAUUACCUUUGCAAUGGAUAUACAAAUUGUAAUGAUGAGUCCGACGAAAGUAAAGAGACAUGUGUAGAUUUUCAGUGCCCACCAGAUCAUGUAAAAUGUGCUGAUGGUCUACAGUGUAUUAGCACUUAUAGCCUCUGCAAUGGAUAUACAAAUUGUAAUGAUGAGUCCGACGAAAGUAAAGAGACAUGUGUAGAUUUUCAGUGCCCACCAGAUUAUGUAAAAUGUGCUGAUGGUUUACAGUGUAUUAGCACUUAUUACCUUUGCAAUGGAUAUACAAAUUGUAAUGAUGAGUCCGACGAAAGUAAAGAGACAUGUGUAGAUUUCGACUGUGGUGAAGAUAAGAGCAAAUGCCAUGAUGGUAUUCAGUGCAUAUAUAAGAAUGGUCUAUGUUCUGGUUCGCCGGACUGUCAUGAUGGAUCUGAUGAAUCACUCGAAGUCUGUAAUGAUUAUAAGUGUCCAGAUCAUCAAGUUAAAUGUAGGGAUAACAUAGAGUGUAAUUAUACAUCAGACCUGUGCAAUCACUAUACCAGUUGUAAUGACGGAUCUGACGAGGAUGAAGAAAUGUGUAAAGCUAUUCCAUGUCAGAACAACCAGGUCAAGUGCGCAAAUGGUCUUCAAUGUGUCUAUGAUUCUACUUUUUGCGAUGGAUUGAAACAUUGUUCAGACGGUUCUGAUGAAGAGGAAGAGAUGUGCAAAGCAUAUGUUUGCCCUGAGUGGAAAAGGAAAUGUGCUGAUGGACAACAAUGUGUCGACGAACAAAGUAGUUUGUGUAAUGGAAAUGCAGAUUGUAACGAUAUGUCAGAUGAAGAGCCAGGCUUUUGUCGAGAUUAUAGCUGCAAUGAUUACAAUCAAAAAUGUUCUGAUGGAUUGCAAUGUAUAAGUGAAUACAGCUUAUGUGACGGCCAUGAAGAUUGUACAGAUAGAUCAGAUGAAGAUCCAGACGUCUGUAGAGAAAGGGAAUGUGACAGCGACAAAGUGAAAUGUGAUGAUGGCAUACAAUGCAUUCAUAAAUCAAAUGUAUGUAACAAAUACACACAUUGUAAUGACAAAUCGGAUGAGGAUGAAGAUAUGUGUAAAGCUAGAGUUUGUGAACCUGGCGAGAAAAAGUGUGCAGACAAUUAUCAGUGUAUAUACAUAGAUCAGGUUUGUAAUGGAUAUACGGACUGUAAUGAUGAGUCUGAUGAAGAUGCAGUGGCCUGUAAAGAAUAUCAAUGUCCAAAUGGCAGAGUUAAAUGUGCGGAUGAAAAAGAAUGUGCAAGUCUAGACCGUAUCUGCGACGGCCGUGAAGAUUGUCGUGAUGGUAGUGAUGAAGAUAAAGAAAAAUGCAAAGCAAGAGAAUGUCCUGAUGGUUCUAGAAAGUGUAGUGAUGACUAUCGUUGUAUUGAUGACAAACAUUUGUGUGAUGGACGUCAUGAGUGUUCAACAGGAGAAGACGAAGAUCCCGAUAUGUGCUUAAAUUAUGAGUGUCCUGUUGGAUUUGUAAAAUGCAAAGACGGACUGCAGUGUGUUCAUGUUUUUUAUAUGUGUGCCGGGAAUUUUUCCGGUCCCGGUCCACACUGUAAAGAUGGUUCCGAUAAUGACAUAGAGUAUUGUUCAGCAUUCGAAUGUCCCGUAUAUCAUGUAAAGUGUCCAAAUGGUCAUGCAUGUGUACAUCAGUCAACGAUUUGUUCCGGGGAACAGAUGUGUAAUGACGAGUCAGAAGAUGAACAACAAUUUUGUAAAACACGUAGUUGUGGUGACAUCAUGUCCAAAUGUGAGAAUGGAUACCAAUGUGUUUUCGAUUUCAUGAAAUGUGAUGGUUACGCAGAUUGUUCAGAUGGUUCAGACGAAAAUCCAGACUUCUGUUUAAAGAAUCGCAUCUGUCCAGUUGGAAUGGUGAAAUGUGCAAAUAACGUUCAGUGUAUCUAUGAAAUGCAGUUUUGUAGUGGAUUUUCUGACUGCAGCGAUGAUUCGGAUGAAGAUCCAAAGAUGUGCACAAAAGACAGAGUUUGCCCUACUGGAAUGUCGAGAUGUUCUGAAAAUAAUCCGAUGUGCAUAUAUGAUAGUUGGUUCUGCAACGACCAACCAGAAUGCAAACACAGUGAGGAUGAACAUCCGGAUAGUUGUUUUAAUCGUCCCAAAGGAUCCAAGAUAUUUCCGUGGCUGACAUAGAAAUGGAUUGGAUUUUUAGUAAAACAAACUAGCUUUAAUCAUACAACGACAGAAAACAAAUGCAUUAUGUUAUGCAUGCUACAUGCCUUAACUGUGCUUGUAAACACUUGGGAUUGCAAUUUUGUUCUUACACAAUUUGUAUUGAGAUUUUAUCAUCAUAUAAUAAAAACAUUAUGAAAUUA